AUGAGCCAGACUCUUUCUUCACCGACAAAAAAACUUAUAUUGACGACCUUGAAACCCAACUUGAAGGCGCUCUACAAGUCCCUCGAUACCAUAGCGGCCCAGCGUAUCGAUUUGGUGUCUCUAGCCGACGAAAUUCUGAUCGUUUCCAAGGAAUUGGCAGCGGUAGAGAUUCUGAAAACUACUAGCGAUCUUCUCUCAGCGUUUGGCGAUGUCCAUCAAAAACUCAGAGACAACAUUGACCGUGUAAAUUUACAGGACCUGCUCACACUAAGUUUUACAAUUGAGGAAUACCUUCGGAUCAUUGGUUCUAUAAAUCAUGUUUUCGAGGCUCGUUCAAAAAUUUAUCAGCUGUGUGUAUCUUUCAAGCAAGAACUCGCCAAAAAACAAACCCAGCUUGAAAAGACAAACCAGCGUAACAAGCUGCAACAGGAGAAGGUUGGUCUGUUGAAAUUCGAGGUGGACAAACUUCAGCUGAGAGUCACAGUGACUGAAAAACUAUUCGAGCAGAUGAGCGAGACUUUCAAGGAAGAGCUAGAAAACUUUGAAUUUGAACGGAUCGACGACUUUAGAAAUAGUGUGGAGAUAUUUAUCGAGGGUUCUAUUGAAUCCCAAAAGGAAAGCAUAGAGUUGUGGGAGACGUUCUACGAGCGGCAAGGAUUAGAGGCGGUUGGUAAGUAG